CACUUGGAAGCGGUGAAAUACAAUAUGGCAUAAAAAGCUGCUUCUGUAUAUGAAAGGUCAAUGGUUCUUGGACGCCAGCAUCGACAACUGUGAACAUCCUUCGGCCUUUUAGAAAGAAAUAUCACGGAAAAUCAAGUCCUUCCGAAGAAAAGAUUGGUAAAAUGGUAACUGGACUUGCACACGUGAUUUCACUGACGAUUUUGAGUGGCCUAUCCGCGGUUGUAGGAGUUCUGGGAAAUCUUGCAGUUCUGGUGAUAGUUGUCAAAAACACGGACUUCCAGCGAGGCAUGAAUAUCUUCAUUGCGUCACUUUCUUUAGUCGACUUGGUCGUGUGUUCUGUCGUACAACCUGUGUUUAUUUAUCUGCUUUACAAAGACAGUGAGAGUCCCCUAUUACAAGAUUUCGAAGACGAUGUGUUUGGUAUACUAGUUCAAUGUUCUUUUAAUCUUCUGUUUGCCAUAGCAGUGAACCGGCUUGUAGAAAUAACUUACCCUUUCCGCUACAACGCCUUGGCUACAAAGACGAGGCUUUUAGUAAUCAUUUGUUUGCUUUGUGUCAUAUCAGUCAUUCAAGGACUCGUGUUUAACACAGACAAAUACGAAUCCACUGAGGCGAUAAUUCAGUAUCUAACUAUUCUGGCAGUGUUAAUGAUCUAUGUAAGGGUGUACCGUGUCGCCGUGAGACACAAAAACGCGAUCCAAGCACAGUUUACCUCGGUUGCUUACAACAAAAGUAUUAUCGGUUCCAGGCUCAUGCGUGAACACAAGGCCUCGACUACCACAGCUAUUAUAACGGUGACCUUUGUAGUAUGUUAUGUUCCGUUUAGCGCUACAAAUCUGACAGAUCCUGCGAACGAGAAGGUUAAGCUAUGGACUGUGGCAUUAGUGAAUUUUAGCUCUGCAAUAAACGCUUACAUCUACGCAUUGCGUAGCGAGAAAUUUAAAGUCGCUGUGAAAAAAGAACUGAAGGAAAUUUGCUGCUCAAAAGCAUAGAAGCAGACACAAAGGUAUCCCAGACUACAAAAGGUGGGCCAAGUGAUAAAAGGAGAUAGAAAACGUCCUAUUAUAACGACGGCUUCCUGAUGAACGCGGCGGUUUUCAACAUUUAUUCUCGCUGACUGUAUCAAACAACUAAAUCACCUUUUGGAUUCCGUUAUUCAAAACACUGACUUGAAAUACCGAUUUCAAAUAACGCCUUUUCUCCGCAAGUCGCUGACCAAUAAAAAAGCACCAAAUGUAAUUCUGUUAGAAUGAAUGACGGAAGGAAACCGACGGAAAGUGGGUAUAGCAGUUGGAAAUUACGAGUUCGCAGAAUUUUGAAAAUUGAAAAGUACUACUCCUAGGAGAGAUGUUCCCGUUUUGUUUUAAAAAGCAUUGAAGUAUGUUUUGUAAAAAAACAAUUGGCUGAUAAUAUUUAUGUCAAUCGACUUCUUUAAUUAUUGCCGAAUUGGUUAUUAUCCCAAGGUGGCCACGGCAGCGAGCGUAGCAUUGUCAAGUCGAAGUUACGGUUGAAAAUAAAAAUAAAACGACA